UGGUUUUGGUGGGAUGGUGCCAUCGCCGGGGGUCGCAGGCUCCUCGUGACACCGCUCCUGUCCCCGCAGGAUCCCAACUGGUACAAGGCGAAGAACAAGGUGGGCCGGGAGGGCAUCAUCCCCGCUAACUACGUGCAGAAGCGGGAAGGAGUAAAAGCCGGGAUCAAGCUCAGCCUCAUGCCGUGGUUCCACGGGAAGAUCACGCGGGAACAGGCGGAGCGGUUGCUGUACCCACCCGAGACGGGGCUUUUCCUGGUGCGGGAGAGCACCAACUACCCCGGGGACUACACCCUGUGCGUCAGCUGCGAGGGGAAGGUGGAGCACUACCGCAUCAUUUACUCCUCCAGCAAGCUGAGCAUCGACGAGGAGGUCUACUUCGAAAACCUCAUGCAGCUGGUGGAGGUGAGGUCUCGGGCUCAACUGCCCAAGGGAGCUGCCACCGCUCCCGUCCGACCUGGGGACUGUAGGUUUGAGGUUGGGAGGAGGGGACGGAGGGGUCAGAGCUUGUGGGGCGGCGGGUCCGACGGGGGGGUGGCUGGAUGGGAAGGGGAUGGAGGUCUCAGUCUCACCUGCCAAAGGGAGCUGUCACCGCUCCUGCAGCUCCGACACAGCAACCUGGUGCAGCUCCUGGGGGUGAUCGUGGAGGAGAAGGGCGGCCUUUACAUCGUCACCGAGUACAUGGCCAAGGGCAGCCUAGUAGACUACCUACGGUCGCGCGGGCGGUCGGUCCUCGGUGCAGACUGCCUGCUGAAGUUCUCCUUAGAUGUCUGUGAAGCCAUGGAGUACCUGGAAGCCAACAACUUUGUCCACCGGGACCUGGCGGCGAGGAACGUCCUGGUCUCGGAGGACAACAUCGCCAAGGUCAGUGAUUUCGGGCUGACCAAGGAAGCCUCCUCCACGCAGGACACGGGGAAGCUGCCGGUGAAGUGGACGGCGCCAGAAGCACUUAGAGAAAAGAAAUUCUCCACCAAGUCAGACGUGUGGAGCUUCGGGAUCCUCCUGUGGGAAAUCUACUCCUUCGGGCGAGUGCCUUAUCCGAGAAUCGUAAGUGAGGACCACCUCCCCUCCCCUCAGGGCUGGGUGUUUUUGAAGGACAUCCAACAGCUCCAGAUAAAAUAUCUCCCAAUAAGCAUGCUCCCUGGGAACCCGUACCCGCAGCACCCCGGCUUCCCAGUAAUUCCCUACUCCCAGCACCCCAGUGCCGAGUAUACCUCGGCUCCCCGGCACUUUGGGACUCCCUGGGCUCCCCCGUAA